AGACCGCGGGAUCAAUAUGUAAAAAGCUAGCGUGUGAGCUUCAGAGUGUUGUUUACAAUCAUGGCUGGCUCUCGUGUCUCGUGCGGCCUCGAGUGCUGUAAUGUUUACGAGAUAAAUGACAGCCUGCAGGAAUCGUCAAAGGCUGGAUAUGAUUUCCUGUCCAUCCCUUUGGCACAUCCCCGAUUCACAAGAGAACACGUAGAUGGUAAAGCCAAAAACAGACCUGGUGCUUUUACGCGCUCCGAUCUUCUCCUGAGCAGUUCAGAAUGGAACAGCCUGAUUGUGGGUCGGCUGAGUGCAGGCCCAAUCCUGAGCCUGGAGUCAUCCAACAACAGUCUGCGGCAGAACAGCGAAGACACAGUCACUCAGGAACUCACCUUUGCCGCCCACCUGGGACUGCCGGCCAUUAUGUUCACCCUCACGACUGACAGGUGCUGCAACAUCGCACGUCUUAUUCACAACAGAGUUGUUCAGGGUGUCUGUUACCAGGUUUGGGUGAGAGUACCAAUGCAGGCACCAGAGGAGUUGGCGGCACAGUAUCGCUCCGACAAAUCUCCGAGUGAGGAUGGGUUUGGGGUUGACACUUGGACGUGGUGGAAUAGAUUCCAUAGUAUAGCCAAUGUAGAGAAAAAAAUUGGCCUGGCACUAGAAGUCUCCGCAGAUCUUCCAGAACAAUCUGUUAUUGAUAGGUGGUUAGGAGAACCCAUUAGGUGUGCCAUUCUUCCCACAUCCAUAUGGCUGACCAACAAGAAAGGGUUCCCGGUCCUCUCCCGCGCACACCAGCAGCUCGUGAGGGGCCUCUUCAAGCUCCAUGUGCAAUUUGUGGUGUCAGGGCCUCUGCGGCAUCAGCAUUUUAAGCUUUAUCAGCAGUAUCUAGAACAUAUUAUCAGGGUGAAUCAAGAAAUGGACCCUCUCAUGGACUUUGCGAGAGGGUACGAGGACUACCUCCAGUGUCCCCUCCAGCCCCUUAUGGACAAUCUGGAGUCGCAAACAUAUGAGGUGUUUGAGAAGGACCCUGUCAAGUACUCUGAGUACGAGCGUGCCAUGUACCUGGCCAUCUGCGACAAGAUACCCGAAGAGGAGAAGGACACCAAGGAGAUAGUUCUGAUGGUGGUUGGUGCUGGCAGAGGACCCCUUGUGCGUAGAGCCUUGGCCGCGGCAAAGGCAGGACAUCGGAAGAUAAAAAUCUAUGCAGUCGAAAAGAAUCCCAAUGCAGUCGUAACACUGCAAGCCCAGCAGGAUGAAGAUUGGGGUGACCAG